AUGUCCGACUUCAAGUCCAAGUUUCGCAACCUACCCCGCGCUGCGGGGCCCUUGAUUUGCCCAUACAAGGGAACAUCUCUCCUCAAAUCGUCGCAAUUCAACAAAGGCUCAGGCUUUCCGGACAAUGAGAGAUCAACUUUCAAGCUCCACAGUCUCCUCCCGCCAAACAUCCAGACACUGGACGAGCAAGUUCAGCGCGCUUAUCAGCAAUACAAAACCAGAGCGGAUGACCUUGCCAAGAACACUUUCCUAGCUAGCAUGAAGGCACAGAAUGAAGUGUUAUACUACAAGCUCGUGCAAACCCAUCUCAAGGAGAUGUUCAGCGUGAUAUACACACCCACGGAAGGAGAUGCGAUCCAGAACUACUCCCGGUUAUUCCGGAAACCGGAAGGGUGUUUCUUGACUAUCAAUGGCCAGGAUCACUUCGACGAGUAUCUCGCUGGGUUUGGAACUGAGGAGGAUGUUGAUUAUAUCGUCGUUAGUGACGGAGAAGAGAUAUUGGGUAUUGGGGACCAAGGUGUGGGUGCUAUCCUCAUCUCGGUUGCGAAACUGGUUAUUACCACUCUUUGUGCUGGAAUUCAUCCCUCGCGACAGCUUCCUGUUGUACUGGACUGCGGGACAGAUAACGAAGAGUUGCUCAAUGACGCACUCUAUCUAGGCCUCCGACAGCAUCGGAUCAGAGGGGAGAAGUACGAUGAAUUUGUGGAUAACUUUGUCAAGGCUGCCCGCAAAAGAUUCCCCAAGGCUUAUAUCCACUUUGAGGAUUUUGGCCUUAAUAAUGCACGGAGAAUACUCAAUCGAUAUCAGUCACAGAUACCUUGCUUCAAUGACGAUAUCCAGGGCACGGGGUGUGUCACACUCGCUGCCAUGUUGGCUGCCCUUCAAGUAAGCCAGGUCAAACUGGAAGAUGUACGAGUGGUCAUCUUCGGCUCAGGCACAGCUGGUACAGGAAUUGCGGACCAGAUUUCGGAUGCCAUCGCUACUGAGACACAAAAGUCGAAGGAUGAAGCAUCUAAGCAGAUCUGGUGCAUUGACAAGCCCGGUCUCCUUGUAAAAUCCCUUAGUGAUAAACUGACUGAAGGUCAGAAAUUAUUUGCACGAGAUGAUGACGGGUGGUCUGAAGAUGAUCGAGAUCUUUUGUCAGUCAUCAACAGAGUCCACCCCCAUGUACUUAUCGGGACAUCAACCCAGCCCGGAGCAUUCACUGCAGAUAUUGUUCGUGCGAUGGCCAGGAUAGUGGAACGACCUAUUAUAUUCCCCCUCAGCAAUCCGACACGACUCCACGAGGCGAAGCCGGUUGAUCUCUAUGAAUGGACUGAUGGGCGCGCCCUCGUUGCGACGGGCAGUCCAUUCCCGCCAGUGACCCACAAGGGCACGAAAUAUGACAUCGGCAUUGGCCUUGGAGCAGUCCUCUCGCAGUGCCGUCUCGUGUCCAAGAAAAUGCUAGUCGCCGCUGUGAAGGCACUCAAAGCGAGGUCACCAGCACUGAGAGACCCCAUCAAACCGUUGCUGCCCGAUGUGGAAGACGUGCGUGAAAUCAGUGUGGACAUUGCUGCGGCGGUGAUCUCGUGUGCUGUGGAGGAGGGACUAGCACAAGCGGAGGGCAUUCCUACCGACGACUCGGAGCUACGGGAGUGGAUUCGGAUCCAAAUGUGGGAGGCUGAGUACCGACCUCUGGUCUACGAGAACUAA